AUGCCAAUAAACCAGGUUUCCAUGGCUUUAGAUCCCAAACAGGAAGUAGUCUCACCAAAUCCUAAAAGUCAUGUGGGUAUGCAAGAAAUAGAUGAUGAGAAUGAGACAAAUACUGGUGAGGAAAAUGGCAGGCCUUUGUGCUCUUCUGCUCUUAAAGACCUUGACUUUCUCCGUGUCCUCAGGAGAGGAAGCUACGGUAAAGUUUUACUAGCUCGGCAUAAAACAACAGAUCACCUCUAUGCCAUGAAAGUGGUGAGAAAGGACAAUGAAAACCUUAUUCGUCUCCAGGUAGAGAAGCAAAUAUUGGAGAAGAGCUUGAACCACCCUUACCUGGUUGGCCUGCAUUCCUGCAUCGAGACACCAACCAGAUUUUUCUUUAUCCUGGAUUACAUCAGUGGAGGAGACCUAACAUACAAUCUGCAACAGGUCGGAAUCUUUCCCGAAGCACAUGUGAGAUUCUACUCCGGGGAGACCUCCUUAGCUAUCAAGUUUCUUCAUGAACAUGAGAUAUUACACAGGGAUCUGAAGUUGGAGAACUUGUUACUAGAUGCGGACGGACACAUUAAAAUUACCGAUUACAACCUAUGUAAGGCAGGACUGAAGGCAGGCGAGAAGACCAACACUUUCUGUGGCACACUCAGUUAUCUGGCUCCAGAAAUCAUCAGAGGCAAAAGCUAUGGUUUCAGUGUGGACUGGUGGAAUCUUGGAACAGUCAUGUUCGAAAUGAUGGUGGGAGAGCCUCCGUAUCCUUUUGCAGACAGUCCCAAGAACUCUGAUCUAAACACAUACAAGGUAUUGCAAUCUAUGUUAGAAAGAGAAGUCCACAUUCCACAUCACCUGUCUGUCGAAGCCAGAAGCAUCCUCAAGGGUCUUCUGAAGAAGGAGCCAGAGGUAAGAUUGGGCUGUCACCCUCAGAGAGGAUUCAUCGAUAUUAAAGAGCAUCCAUUCUUUAACAAUCUGGACUGGAACAUGAUGGGAAAAAAGCAAGUGCCUCCUCCCUUUAAGCCAAGUGUUGGUACAGAAUUCGGGAUAGAAAACUUUGACCCUGAAUUUACCAACGAACCUGUCCAGCUCACACCUGAUGACAGUUACUUUGUGAACAGCAUAGAUGAAUUUGGGCUUUGA